UCCUCCCUCCCUCCCUCCCUCGACGUCAGCUUUUGGGAACUUGGGCAAGGGAAAGUUUAGGGAGAAAAAAAGUCUGCUGCUGUUGUCUAUGUAUGGAUGAAUACCUUUAAGUAUCUUAUACAGGAGAGAAAACCAGCGCAGCGUAGCCGGAAAUGGAACAUGCGUGGCAUAUGCAUUAAAAAACAACCUACCGCAGACACGUUCAAAGGGCUGUAAGAAAACUUUUCUACUUAAAUGGAAUUUUUACCUCUUAUCUGGACGGACAAAGGCAACGAGUCUUUCCAAGGAAAGAAAACCCAUGAAGUUUCAAACGAGGACACUUUUCAGUCGGAAGGAUUUUAAAACGCUGCGCGUGACUGUGUGUUAACAAAACAGGAGGAAAGUCUUUUGAAACGUGCUAAAAGCUCUAGGCGAAACGAACAAUGGCAAAGAAGUACGACUUCCUCUUUAAAUUAUUGCUUAUUGGCGAUAGUGGUGUUGGCAAGACUUGUCUGAUCAUCCGUUUCGCAGAAGACAAUUUUAAUUCAACAUACAUAUCAACCAUCGGUAUUGACUUCAAAGUGAAGACUAUUGAGGUUGAGGGGAAGAAAGUUAAACUGCAAGUCUGGGACACAGCGGGACAGGAAAGAUUUAAGACCAUCACUACUGCAUACUACAGAGGGGCCAUGGGCAUCAUCCUUGUGUAUGACAUCACUGAUGAAAAAUCCUUUGAGAAUAUUCAGAACUGGAUGAAGAGCAUCAAAGAAAAUGCAUCAGCAGGUGUAAGUCAGAUGUUACUGGGUAACAAGUGUGAUAUCGAGGCCAAGCGGAAAGUGUCAAAGGAGAUAGGUGAGAAGCUUGCAAAGGAACAUGGUAUUCGAUUUUUCGAGACUAGUGCAAAAUCUAGCAUCAACGUUGAGGAGUCCUUUGCUUCUCUUGCUCGAGACAUUUUGCUGAAGUCAAAUAAGAAGUCGGGUCCAUCUGGUCGAGAGGUUAAAAUUACCACCAGCACAGAGAAAAAGGCCUCCAAAUGUCUUCUUCUUUAGAUAUGCCUUUAUCCAGAGGACAGGCUCACCACACACACACACACACACACACACACACACACACACACACACACAAGCACAAACACUUACAUAGAACUGCUUUGUUAAUUCCUGAAAGUCAUUUGCAAAGUGAACAUGGAAUGCUAAUAGGAAGGGGUUUCCAAGAGUGAUGGCACAAGUAAGAUAUGGAAUACAUUAUAUGAGAUAUAAAACAGGGUACUGCUUUCAUGUAGUUAGAGGAAAAUCACAUUUUUUUUAUUUCAUGUUUAUAUUUUCGCACUACACAAACAGUGACUAGGCUACAGUGGAGACAAUGUUGGUUUUACUUGCACAAGUUUUACAAGUUUUGCUCACUUCAGCAUUUUUUCAGGUGUAGAUAGGCAUGGAAAACAGCCCUUUUAGUCAAAAUGGAAAACGAGUACCUAUUGAAUCAGUCUUUUUGUCACAUCAUGUUAAAAAUAUAGUCCAGUUUGACAGUUAAUCUGCACUUUCUGACAAAUGGUUUGAAUGUUCGCUGCUAUAAAAGGUGAAUAACUUCAAUUUUUAAAGACUUUGACCUCCUUAAAAUUGAUGGAUGAGAGAUUUUAGGAUGUUAAAUGAGUUGUGUGAGAAAAGAAUUGAUGGAUUAUUAGUGGGAAUAUAAUAAUGUUCUACUGAAAAUUCACAGUGUUUCUCCAAAGGGAUUAUGAUCAGACAUAAUACACUUUUAAUUUUGCAUCAAGUUUCUGUUUAAAUGCAUUAUUACACUUUUUUUUUUUUAUAUUCUUUUCCACAGCAUAUUUCUCAGAAAUUUUACAAUGAACUGCUUUUAAUAAAGUGAAAUAUUCAACA